UUCUGAUUCUUCUCUGCUUGAAGGAGCGCCAAUAGGAAAGGUUUCCACCAUUGUUCCCGAACGUGGGACCGCUUGGAAACAAAAUGGCUAGUUUCUGCGAUCUGAUGCUCCGCUCCUGGGCCCUCCAUAUUUAGUGAUGUCCCCGCGGAUAUAAAUUCCAACUGGCACCGAGAUGACGGCAUAGUCUGCUUGCUACUUGAUAUGUUGAAAAGCACUCAAAUAUUUUACCCUUUGCCGGCGUUUCCACCGCAAGUACAGCCUCUCCAAACAUCAGCGUUGGAUUAUCGUGUCCCUACAGGAAAAACUACUUACGAAUCAACGGUCGGACCCGUGAAACCGAAUGGGGAAAGAUAUGUCUCAUUCAUGUCGCAAGUGGUUGCGCGGUCAGGCCGAAAGCUGGCUUCUGGGAUCGCCGGCCUGAGUCCAUCACUGCCUUACUUCCUUCUACCUGCUCCCGUUCCCGCAAAACGACCAAAGCCUGUGCAUGCUGAUGGCGCACAAGAAGGCGUCCUCAUAGACUAUGUUAGAGCCAGCUGCAUCAUGGUCAUCUGUCAUGGGUCCCCCUCUCAGGGGUACCUAUCAAUUGAGGAAUUGACCGCUAUCUUCUGGCACACAAACACCCGUAUUAUUAUAGCUUUGCUUGAAACUGCGUGCUCGGGAAUCCGCAUCGGGGAGUUGAUCACUUCUCCUGACCCCUCGCCAUUUCAGCGGUAUCUGAUCACUGAGUCCAGCAAUCUCCUCAAAACUUUGCGAGACAUCUGCCGUUCCGACUUUGUAGUUGACGACCUUCAGUCUCGAGUAAGAGAGCUGAGGGAGAAGGGAAAAUUGUGGUGCACAGCGUAUCUUAUACGACCAUCGUUUGUAGCGACAGCCUGCUAUAGAACAAACAUCAAGACGACAGCAAUUGGUAUCGGCGGUAUCUUGUAAUCGAUAUCGCGUUUUGUGAAACUCGUUAGGAAUAAGCGUCGUUAGCCCGAUGAUUUCUAACAAACAAUAACAAAUUUAAUGUGUAGAAUGUCUCGUAUCUUAUGCCCGCAGACACUCGUGAAUGAUCAUUGAUAUUCCAAUAAUCAACUCACCCUGAACGGCGAUGCCCACUCAGGCAGUCCGACAGCACUCUCAACGUCAACGAUGGGUAGUUCUGGGACUGGAUGCAGCUGAUGGAAUACCGUACAUGUAAUCACAGAUUAAGUCCGGUGAGCAUCAAACUGGAGCCGUGAGUGCUUGUGUUUGAC